AUGGUCAAAUUAACUCAAGUUGAUGACGAUGCCUCCGCUGCCGCUGCCGCCACUGAAGCCACCAGUGCCGCUACCUCCACCACCAGCGAAGAAACUCCAAAGACUGCCGAAGUUGAAGAAAACGACGAAGAUUAUGAAGACACUUCUGACUCCGACAGUGAUGACGAUGAUGAAGAAGAAGACCUUAAUGAGGAAACUCUUUAUGAAAGAAUUGUUGCCUUGAGAGAAAUCAUCCCUCCAACCCAAAGAUCAUUCAUCAGCGACGCCGGCAGCAGCAUCAAAUCUUUUGCUUCUAGCAGUUUCCUCAAUGUCGGAAACUUCUUGUGGAUUGCCACCUCCAGUGCCUUAUUGUUGGCUAUCCCAACCUCCUUGGCUUUGCUAUCAGAACACCAAUUAGUUGAAAUGGAAAACGAAAUGAAAUUACAACAAGAAAGUGCUAGCGUUCUUGCACCAGGCUCAGAAGGUGCUUUUGAACAACCUAAAGAAACUAAGGCUUAG